AUGUGCAGCCGCACCACCUUGCCGAACUUCUGCAGAAGGCCACCAUCGCCGACACCGCCAAGGUCAUCCAGGGACAAAAUCAUGGGGCUCAGCCAGGUCAACGACGUCAAGGAGUUCGGCUCGGUCAUUUCCAUCGGAGACGGAAUCGCCCGCGUGGUGGGACUCAACAAGGUGCAGGCCGGCGAAAUGGUCGAGUUCCGCUCGGGCGUGCGCGGCAUGGCCCUCAACCUUGAGACCGACAACGUGGGGGUCGUCAUCUUCGGAAACGAUCGCAACAUCCAGGAGGGGGACACGGUCACCAGGACGGGGGCGAUCGUCGACGUGCCCAUCGGCGAGGAGAUGCUCGGCAGGGUGUUUGACGCCCUGGGCAACCCCAUCGACGGGGAAGGCCCAGUCAACACGAGCAAGAGGAAGCGGGUCGAAAUCAAGGCGCCGGGCAUCAUCCCGCGGAAGUCAGUGAACGAGCCGAUGCAAAGUGGGCUCAAGGCGGUGGACUGCCUGGUGCCGAUCGGCCGGGGGCAGCGUGAGCUCAUCAUCGGGGACCGGCAGACCGGCAAGACCGCCAUCGCCAUCGACACGAUCCUCAACCAGAAGAAGAACUUCUAGACCAACGAGGUCAAGCGGCAGCUCUACUGCGUGUACGUGGCCAUUGGACAGAAGCGAUCCACUGUGGCCAACAUCUGCAAAACGCUCAAGGACCACGACGCCAUGAAGUACACCAUCGUGGUGGCCGCCACCGCCUCCGAAGCCGCGCCCCUGCAGUUCCUGGCCCCCUACUCGGGCUGCGCCAUUGCGGAGUUCUUCCGGGACAACGGCAAGCACGCCCUAAUCAUCUACGACGACUUGUCGAAGCAGGCGGUGGCCUACCGGCAGAUGUCACUGCUGCUGCGCCGUCCGCCCGGGCGCGAGGCCUACCCCGGAGACGUGUUCUACCUGCACUCGCGGCUACUGGAGCGCGCGGCCAAGCUAAACGACAGCUUCGGGGGCGGGUCGAUGACCGCCCUGCCUGUGAUCGAGACCCAGGCGGGUGACGUCUCAGCCUACAUCCCCACCAAUGUGAUCUCGAUCACCGACGGGCAGAUCUUCCUGGAGACCGAGCUGUUCUAUAAGGGCAUCCGGCCCGCCAUCAACGUCGGCCUCUCAGUCAGCCGCGUCGGGUCGGCCGCACAGAUCAAGGCCAUGAAGCAGGUCGCAGGCAAGCUCAAGCUCGAACUGGCCAGUACCGGUGAGGUCGCCGCCUUUGCGCAGUUCGGGUCGGACCUCGACGCAGCCACGCAGCAGCUGCUGAACCGCGGGGGGCAGCUGACCGAGUUGCUGAAGCAGAAGCAGUUCGUGCCGAUGGCGGCGGAGGAGCAGGUGUGCGUGGUGUUCGCAGGAGUGCGGGGCUUCCUCGACAAGAUGGUGACGAGCGAGAUCUCGAAGUUCGAGGCGAAGUUCCUGGCGCACAUGAAGAGCAACCACGCGGGCAUCCUGGAGAACAUCCGGAAGUCGGGCCAGCUGUCCGCGGCCGACGAGGCCGAGAUGACGACCAUCCUCGGGGCGUUCAUCCCCGAGUGCGGCUGCCAGAUGAAAGCCUGA